AUGCCCCGUGCCGUAAAAGGUGUCCUAAUAGAGUGCGACCCAUCCGUAAAGGCCAUAAUCCUCAAAUACGACCAGGAGCGGCACGAUUACAUCGUCGAGGACCUUGAUGACGAGCGCCAUCUGGUGAUUAAAGAAAGCCAGUUGCAGCACUUGAAAGCGCGCCUGAGUAACGAGCUGGAUGAGAAGAUCAUGCAACCGGAGGAGUCCGAGUCGGAGUGA